AUGUUUUGUCAAGCAGAUGCUAGAAGAUCAUUGCAACCAUUCAAGCAUCCAAGACAUCUUAGAAGUUCGGUCAUCAAAACCACAAAGAAGUUGAAAGUUACAAAGCACUUAGACAUUGAUCCAAUGUUGGAUUCAUCAAAUGUCCAACCCUACAGUUUGAGUUCACCAUUUUCUUUACCACCAUUUGAGUCACUAGGUCCAAUGCCCUUGCCUGAAAACACACCUCCAUUUUGCACUUAUCCACCUAAUACCCCACAACCUCCCAGUACAUCCAUUCCAACCCCCAUAGUUCCAUCACCAAUUUACUAUCUCCCACCUGUUCUUCCAGCCCUAAGCCCACCUCUAAGCCCAACCGGCAUGUUAGCCGGCCCACCCACAACAAAUCCCCCAGAAAUUCUUCCAAGCCCACCUACCAGAAAUCCACCAGAAAUUUUUCCAAUCCCACCAAGUAGUGUACAAAGUCCCACUACCUAUGUUCCAAGCCCACUAAAGCCCAUAUUAAGCCCACCUUAUAUUAAGCCCAGCCCGCCAGGCUAUGUCCCAGGCACACCUACAUAUACACCAGCCCCCACUGUAUUUGUUCCAAGCCCACCAUUGUUUCAACCACCAGUGGUGUACCCACCACCAACAGUGCCACCACCACCAAAUACUCCUCCAAACAGAGCCCUUUGGUGUGUGGCUAAGCCAUCAGUGCCUAACCCAAUUAUUCAAGAAGCCAUGGACUAUGCUUGUUGGUCUGGAGCUGAUUGCUAUUCAAUUCAGCCUGAUGGUUCUUGCUUUCAGCCCAACACUUUGUUUGCACAUGCUUCAUAUGCUUUCAAUAGCUUCUGGUAG